AAUAAACUCUGAAUCAUCACUAUCAUUGAUUACUUUAUCAGAUUGUAUAAUGAAACAUCCCAGUUUAAUGGCGUUGCAUUCUGAUGGUCCACUGACAGACAACAGCACCAAUCCACAAUACAAAAUUGUGAAAUAUAAUGGACUAACAUUAAAAGCUGGAUCACUGGCGGAUAAUUGUUGUGGCUUAAAAUGUGGUGCAAUUGUGUGUAUACAAAAUAUAGCGUACUGCACUAAGCGAAAUAUUCCAAUAAUAAUAGGUCAUGAAUUUUUGGAAAGAGAAAAUCUAUAUAAUAUUCCUUGCCCAUCCUCAUUACUUGGAAUUUAUACUGUACACUCUUAUUCUAAUUUGAAAUCAUGGCCGUUACAAAAUGUCAUUACAAAAUAUGUCAAAUUGCCUUGUGAAGAUAAAUAUACAGUUUUUCAUUGUUGCAUACCGCUAUGUUAUUUAUUGUAAAAGAAUAUUUAUUGUAACAGUAUAUUUAUUGUAAUAGAAUGAAUGACGACAAAUUUUACGUCAUUGAGUUUGAGGAUGGACUUCAAAUAGUGCCCAACAAUUGGUUAAGUACAGUCCUGAAGAGUGCUGUCUGGCCUGUUGGUUUCAUCAGUAAUAUAAGAUACGAUAAAGCUGUAAAAUCGAUGGAAGAACCGCAAAGUACAUGGUUGAGUCAUCCCAUUAAAAAAAUCUAUGGAACAUAUUCGCAUUAUGCAGUAGCAAGAAAAAAAUUAAAAGAAGCUGAGGAAAUAUCAGAUCUCAAUUCUGGAACUGAGAAAAAUGAAUAUCUUAAGAGGUCUAGAAAAAUUAGAGCCGCAAAACUCAUGAACUCAUCAAUGAGUGGUGGUGAUGAACUUUCUGAUGAAAAUUUGCUGUCUGAUCUUCCAACAGUUCCAAAAACUUCUAAUAUGACUACUAAACAUGUUUCGAAAAAACAAAAACUAGAAAGACGUGCAAAAGAAGAAUUACAAAAGCAUACAAACGAAAUUUUUGAUGGCGAUUUGGAUUGUAUAACUAUGAAUGAUUGCAAUAAUAAUUUAAAGCCGCAAUGUAAAAAUUUUUCUAACACUAAACAUAAUAAGGAGAAUUAUGAUAAAAGCGAAAUGAGCAGAAUUCAAUUUUCUAAAAAUGUAUCAUAUGAUGAAGAAUCGUAUGAUACUGAUGAUAGCGAAUUUUUAACAUCAAAUUUAAACCGGAAUAAUACAGGAGAUACACAAUGUACUGGAAAUUUCAUCACUCACAGUGAAGCAAAUAAUGAGGAUAAUAUUGCGAGUGACAAUUGUGCAGCCUCAAAGAAAACAGCAGUAUUAAGUCCAGAGUUGAAUCAUGAACAAAAUUCUUUCCAUACAAAAGAAAAAGAAACUAUUGAUACAUUAAACGAUUUUCCAUUGAAAGACCAAAACGAUCUAGAUACUAUGGAAAUAAAACUACAAAAUGAUUCUAUUUAUCGAGACAAAAUGAAAACACAAUUGACACGUGUACUGAGCAAUUGUUUAAAAACUUCAUGUUUACGACUAAUUAAACUAAUAUUUUCGAACCAACUUGCUCUGAAUUAUAGUUGGUUUGGAGCUAAAAAGAAACAAAAUUUUUCUACUUUGAAUGUAUGCAAAGUAAUAAUGAGUGUUAUACGAAAAUCAUUUCCUGAUACUACAGAUGAUAAGAUCUCUGCUCCUAUUAAAACCUGGUUGGCUCAUGCUAAAGAACGUAUAGAGAGACAUCAAAAUCAAUCUCAAAAUCAAGAUGAAAACCAAACUCAAGAAUGAAUUAUGAAAGCUUGUCACAUUUUUAUUACAAUAAUUUUUUGAAGUUUUAUUUGGGUAAAGGAGAAUAGGAGUUCCUUAUAUCUCCUUGGACAUUGAUCAAUCUUUUUUGAAAUUUUCUUUGAAUAAAAAGACUAGGAGUUUUUAAUAUCUUCUUGAACAUUGAUCAUUUUAUUUUUGAAAUUUUCUUUGGAUAAAAGACUAGGAGUUUCUUAUAUCUCCUUGGACAUUGAUCAAUCUUUUUUUUAUUUUUUUGAGUUUAUUUUGGGUAGAGGAAAAAAGACGUUAUUGAUUUCUUGUUAAUGUUGAAAUUAAAUUCAGAGAAAUGAUGAGGCGUUUAAUUCUCAGCACGUAAUUGUUAGAGAAAUGUUAUGGUAAU